UUCUCCACCCAGCUGUAAUGCUGCUGUUUUGGAUUUUUCCUCCUGCGUUUCCCUCCCGUCGCUUUCAUUGCAGACGCUUUUGAGAUGGCCUCAGAACAUGACAGAGCUGUGCUCCGGGCAAUAUUCAGUCCCACCUCUCCCUUUGGAGAUGUCCCUGGCCUAAACCAAGAGGAGGAAUUAAUUGAUGAUGAGAGUGGCUUUGACGCAGAGUUGCUGAAGCAAGUGAAAGACUUGGAGUUGCAGGGAGUCUCUGCCGCCGAGGCUGGGGAUUUGCAAGCCGCACUUCAACUGUUCAGCCAGGCAAUCCAGAUCCUGCCCCAGCGAGCCUCAGCCUAUAACAACCGGGCACAGGCCCUGCGGCUGCUGGGGGACACAGCAGGAGCGCUGCAGGACCUGGGCCAAGCUAUCUCUCUGAGCGGCGGCACUGGGAAAACUGCCUGUCAGGCGCUGGUGCAGAGGGGCCUUUUACAUAGAUUGGCCCGUCAGGAUGAUGCAGCCAGAGCAGACUUUGAGAAAGCGGCUGCGCUUGGAAGCGAAUUUGCUCGACAACAAGCUGUAAUUCUUAACCCUUACGCGGCCCUGUGCAACAAAAUGUUGUCACAGGUGAUCAACCAGCUGCGCAACCCAGAAAUGUCUGAGAUGCAGUGAUUUAUCACGUGUAUAUCAUUUUGUAAAGAAUCAUAGGUUAAUAAAAUAUUUUUUUUUA